AAGUCUGGUUUCCACCAAUCACCUGCCUUACUCUCGGUGGGCCGGGCGCGGUUCGCGGCGUCUCUGGUAACCCGGGCUGCCGAGACGGAGAACGCAAGAGGUGGUGAGAGGAUAGGUCCUCACUGGAAUUCAUAGUCAUCUUUAUAAUGUAAGGAGGGAAAAUGACUGCUGGUUCAGUGUGUGUCCCUCAGAUAAUACCACUACGAGUGCCUCAACCUGGAAAAGCCAACCAUGAAAUUGAUAACAAUACACUUUUGGAAAUGAGAUCAGACACUCCAGAUGUCAAUAUAUAUUAUACCCUGGAUGGCAGCAAACCUGAAGUUCUAAGGAGGAUUGGUCAUGGGGAAAAUAAUACAUUUAAGUAUAAGAAGCCUAUUACUCUGCCUGAUGGAAAAAUACAAGUUAAAGCUAUUGCAGUCUCUAAAGACUGCAGACAGAGUGGCAUUGUAACAAAGGUGUUUCAGGUGGACUAUGAACCACAAAAUGCAGUCUUAUCAGAAGACAAUGUGGAAAAUAUUCUCAAAGAUCCUUCAAAACAGGAACUGAAAAAUGGAUUUAUUGGAUCAAAACUAAGGAAGAAAUAUAAGAAUGCUGAAAAUAAGCUGGAUUGGAGUGUUAAUCUUAGAAAGUUUCCAGACCUCGAGGUAGGUGAAAGAACUGACCCUAAGAUUUGGAAAGAUCUUCGCUUCUCAGACAGUCCCCUGGAGACUUACCAUGAAGACGAAGAUUCUAUACCACACGCCCAUCAGUCCCAGUUCUCUAGUUUCGCACACAUAACUGACCAGAAGAGUUUGACAAACACAGAGAUUAUGAGAAUUCAAAGGGAGACAGACUUUCUCAAGUGUGCCCACUGUCUUACCCCCCGCCCAUCUGAUCCUUUUGCUCGCUUCUGUCAAGAAUGUGGCUCUCCUGUCCCGCUCAUAUUUGGCCAUCGUCUCCCACCCCCAGAGGGAGCUCAGAUGGGGUUAUGUGCAGAAUGUGGAAGCCUGGUACCCAUGAACACACCCAUCUGUGUGGUAUGUGAGGCUCCUCUUGCUCUACAGCUGCAGCCACAGGCCAGCCUCCACCUGAAGGAGAAAGUAAUCUGCCGUGCCUGUGGCACAGGAAAUCCUGCUAACCUGAAACACUGUGUCACCUGUGAGGGAGCCCUACCUUCAGCACAAGAGUCCCUGUACAGGGGAGAUAAAGCCCCUCCUACGCCUACACAGAAAGGGGAGACCAUUUCCUGCUUCAAAUGUGAUCGCCAGAAUCACCAGGAAGCUAGCGUCUGUGACUGGUGUGGAGCCAUGCCUGGCUCUUCUGUACGCUACUCUGUUUGCCCUAAAUGUGGGGCCAGCAAUCACCCAUAUGCCCGAUUCUGUGGCUCCUGUGGUAUUUAUGUGAAGUAUUUGACAAGACUUAGCAUGGACAACAGUCUGACUCUGGCUGCUGGAGAAUCGGGCCCUUUUGCUAAGCCCCGAUCUGCCUGGCAGCCCCUAAGUGUUCCUUUGCCCAAAUCUUAUGCUGGGACUAAGAAGGAUGUGGGCACACAGACUGCUGGUCUUUUCUACCCAUCUGGCAAGCUACUCGCAAAAAAGGAAGUGCAAAUGGCUUCUCAAAAGCAGAGGCAGGAGAAGAUGAGUGACCACAAACCUCUUCUGACAGCUGUCAGUCCAGGAAGAGGAUACUGGAGGAAACAGUUGGAUCACAUCUCUGCUCACCUCAGGUCUUACGCUCAGAAUAACCCUGAAUUUCGCGCCUUGAUUGCAGAACCCAGGAUGGGAAAGCUUAUUUCUGCUACUGUCCAUCAAGAUGGCUAUGAAGUUAGCAUCAGGCUGAACUAUAGUCAAGUCUCAAAAAAGCCUGAAAAUAGACUCCUGCUGCAGGAAGUUGGACCAACAGGGAAAGGAAGAGUCUCUGUGAUUGAACAGUUGCUUGAUGAAGGAGCAGAUCCCAGCUUCAGUGAUAGUGAAGAUCGACCUGUGAUAACCGUUGCUGUUGUGAAUAAACACCAUGAAGCAAUCCCCCUUCUUGUGCAGAGAGGAGCAGACGUAGACCAACAGUGGGGACCGUAAGUGAAGCACAAUGAAAGGAAAGUUCUGCCACCCGGUCACAGUCAGCGAGUACCAGAUGGGACUCUGCUGUGGCAGAAUCCAUGUAUAUGCCUGCCCUUUUCAAUUUGAACCACUCCAGAACCAUUUUAACCCAUUUAACUCCUAAGAAACUUAACUGCUUCUAUUUUCCAAAUCUAGGUAAGGUAAACUAAAAUUUUAAUUUUAGAUUAAAUUACCCAGUUUUUAAUAGCUUUUAUAAAUGAUGCCACAGUUUGUUAACUCAAGCAUUUAUAUUGUUGUGAGAUCAGCAUAUCCUUAGCCCUUAGGGUAUUAUGCAGUGUCUUUAUCAUGAUCUGAACUAAGAUCAGUGUGAGUGGCCCCUGUGUAUUCCCCAUGGAAAUAUAUCCGUGAAGUCAAUAUAGAAAGAAAACCUCACACAUGUCCAGGUGCUAACACCAAUGGGGACAGGGGUAGAACAUUUGAGUUCAUUACACAAUCUUCUGGUGCCUUGGUGUCCCCAGUUGUGACACAGAAUGGAGCAAUACUAGGUCAUGUGGAUGGUUUUGUUGCUCUGCUAGCCUUGUGCUGUCCUGCCCCAGAAACUCUCCAGGCCUUCUGACUCUACUAUUCUCUUGCAAAUUACCUUGGGAAGCUAGAGCAGAAAAGUUCUUUGAGUCUGGGCCCUACGUGUUAGAUUUAUAUCCUGCUGGUUAAGUUAUUGAACUAGGAGUUGUCAGGGCAAUGGCAGGUCUAGCAGUACCACCUCUUGAAUCACCCUAGGCUUGGGUCUGUGAAUAGUGCUGCUGAGGAUGUUAAUCCAGCACAGGGGCUCCAAAUUAAAUAGCUUUGUUCUAUUUUUCUGUUUUAAGGUUUCAGUUAGAGUUUUUGUUCAAAAUAUAUCCCUGUUAAUUUUUCUAUAUGCAUUUUUAUAAGUGCCUGCCCAAAGGACAGCUAUGUCAGUGGACACAACUUUUUUCAUUUUAUUUUAUAGUAGAAUGUUUGGCAUGUUGCUAUACAUUUUUAACGGCUGGAAUUUACUUUCUCAAGUUUUCUGAGGGCUCACAUAAAUUCAUCAUACUGUGUCAACUUCUUCAUUUAUCCCUCAUUUGUUUUAUCAUUAUUAAUAAAAG